AUGAAGAAAAUUCAACAGGAAGACGACCUUCGAGGCAAUAUUAGAGCCAAUCUUCCUUAUAGUGAAAAAUAUUUCAAUGAGUUUAUUCAUAUUGACGACCAAAUUGUGACUGUCGAAUACCUGGAUGAUGAUGCCGUUGUAGCUGCUAUGUGUUCGGCAGUUGAUACUGAUGAUGACGAAGAAAAGGAAAAUAAAGAUGAAGAAUCUGUCGGUAUGGAACUGAUACCAACUCCAACCACAUCAGGAGUACUUCGUCAUUUCCUUCUGUCACGAAAUACUCCGCAGCGUGUGCUAGAUCGACUAGCUGAAGUGGAGUGUGCCCAGAAGAUCGUGACCCAGCUGGAGCUUCCACUGUUAAAACAAAAAGGCCACAGAUACGAAAAGUUGCCACAAGAAGACGAAGACGAGGACUUGCAAGCAACUGAAAUCAUCGUUCAAAAAGAAAAGGUAAGAUGGUGGUCGGAUAAGAAACGAGACAGGACAAAGAGCGAAGAGCGAAUAGACAACAAGAAAAAUGAGAUUGUGGAGAAGCAGUUGGAGUUGAAAGAAAAACUGCUAGCUAAGUCUGAUAAACCGAAGGAGAAGCAUUUGCAGGCUACUCAAGAGGAUUGUUUAUAAGGGGAUACUAAAUCAAAAGCAAUCUAUUUCUGUUUUUAUUUCGUCCAAUAGGCAAAUGGUGGCUUACCUACCGGUCCCUUAAUUGGUACUAUACAGGGUGAUUCACGGAAUUGUGGCAAUAAAGGAUCUAUUUCCUUAGUAGUAUCCAUCAAAAUGUAUGCAUACUGUUUGUAUCAUGUUAAAACGUUUACCUAUUAAUUUUUAUUUACGAUUGUUUUUAAUUUUUUGCAAAUUUAUUUUAUCCGUAUGUGCCCUUACUUAAACAGAAAACUUCAUGUCAACUCAUAUAUUUUACGACUUCUUUACUGCGAUACACACUAUUCAUUUCUUCUAAUAUUAAAGUUCUUGAUUUCUCUUUCAAUUGAGAGAUAUAGAUGAAACUCUUUGAGUCAUUAUGAGACUCACAUGGGGCGAGGAAAUAUUUAGCUUGAUCUGCAUACAAAUUGAUUUAAAAAUUGAAUUCGCACAGUAUAAAACUAUGAAGUAUAUUUUGUUACUGACUGCGAUAACAGCCAGUAAAAAAUAAAAAAUUCAUAAUAGAUAAUUUUCUCGCUCAACAGCAAUAUGUCGUAAGUAGGUAAGCGACUGGUUGUUACGUUGGAUGCUUUGAGAUUAUUUUCGUCAAUUAGUAUUAAAAGUCAAUAGCGCCCUGUACGUGUCUGUACAUUUUUCAGAUGCAAAAAUAACACAAUUACAAAAAAAAUGGAUCGAAAAUUAGAAAUAUGUGAACGUCCAUACGUAAAAACGUGCAUAUUAAAUUAAAUCUGAUUUCAGUUGAAGCAGAUUACACAUCCCUGACUUGACUUUUUUGAUAUAAUAGUUGAACUGAAAAUCUUGAGUUUGUUGUAAAAGCUUUAUAAAAAAAAGUUUAUUCUGAUAUUAUCGUAAAAACUGUAAUCUGACAGAAUUUUUGUCCUUAGCUUUGAUUGCCACUUAAGUUAUUAUAUUCUAUUGACAAAGAACCUCACAAAAUUAUUGAACAUCAUUUUAUUCUUUGAAUAACUAACACAACAGGAGAAAAAUAAAUUCGUACAUCUCUAUAUAAAUUUAAAAGUACUGUAGAUUGAAGUGAUAUCUAUACUUUUGUUACGAGUUAGUCUUUUGCUAAAAUUUUGAUUUUUUAGAUUAUUGUUUUGCUAUAUUACAUGUGAAGUCACUUUUGUUUGACCAAUCCAUAUUCACUGCAACUUUGAACAUUUACGAACUUUUUAAUAAAUAAACCUCAAUAUUUCACAUUUCCAUUCCAUAUAUUUCUAGAAAUUCAAGUGCCAACCUUUUAUUGUCCACUUCAGCGGAAAGCUUUUCCUGGAAAUGGACUGUAACAUGGGGAUCCUCUGCGAUUGGUCAAUAAAAAGCUAGACGGUUUCAUAGUCCUGAAUAUUUGUUUCCACCGUAUCGCUUAAAUAAAAUUUAUAAAGUUCUUCUAGGUCAAUUUACAUAUACAUUUAGAUAUGUCUGUUGUAUAUUAAAAUUAAGAAUUUUACAAAAGUUUUUAGAAAAACAGGACCGGUAAAAGGACGAGCUAUUCAUUUAUUUAUUAUAUGUUCACUGUCAUUAUAAAAUAAAUAAAAUCAAAAUGGUUAGAAGUUAUUUUGUUUGAAUAUCUUAUUGAUGUAACAUUCCAACUUUAUGAUUUUUUAUGUUUUUUGAUGUGAACUAUGAAUUCCAUUGGAGUAGUUUAUGAGAUUGUGACAUACAAGCUUCAAACGCAAAAUGCGUCUUGAUUUGCUUUGCCUAAAAGGUCAACUGUCAUUUGUCACUUCUCAAAAAGUAUCUUCGCAAAAAUUCGAUUUUCGUUUUGUUCAAUUUAUAUUGGAAAUGAGCCGCAACACAAAGAACAGAGUAUUUUCUAAAACUCUACCAUUUUAUGCAAAAAUUUUAUAAAUAAUAUACCGUAUACAUUAACGCGUAAUACUGUCACUCUGUAUAUAAACAAUUUGUUAGAAUAAUAUAGAUGAGACAUAUCUUGAAAUCAAAAUAACAUUAACAAUAAUUAAAAAAGGACGUACAAAUAUCCUAGUGUAGCUUAAGAUGGGUGAACUGAAAAACCAAAUAUUGCACAGCUCUUCAAAAAGACGAGUUUUGUAUGUGGCAUGAAGUAAUUUGAUGUACAAUAUGGGUCCUAUUCCAUAAAAAUACUAAGCUAGUAAAUUACAAGUCACCAGGAGAAACACUUGUGAAAAUGUCAAAUAAUAUUUUGUUCCACAUAUCACUUUGCACUUGUAAUAAACAUCAUCUUGCAAUUAUAAGUGCCAUACUGUCAAAAUGACAUUUCGUAAACCUUUUAAUUUGUAAAAGUGUAAUGAACCACAUAAAUGCUUUAAUCGCUGGAUUAAGGGCCAUACCGUCAGUCGUUCCUACAAUUGUAGGACACCUUUAUGGCCUCCUUCAUGUCUACAGUUUUUACUGUCCUUCAGAAAUUUCGAGAUUCUUUCGUGUCAGAGCUUUACUUUGAGGUUAAGUUUUCUUUUUGAAUUGUAUUUCAAGCAGAUAAAACUUGAUAUUUAACAUCUGUUUUAUUAGCCUGAACUUUCUUAAGGUUUAAACAUAACCUCAAAAUAGGACAGCGCUGACGCUGACAUGGAACAGUAAAAAUCUGGAAACACCCCAGCUUUUCUGGAGGAGAGAAAAUACUAUGAAAGUCAAGGCGUCCUACAAUUGUAGGAAUGACUGGCGAUACUGCACUUAGCCACAAAGUAACAAAAUAAAUCUUGGAAAGUACUUUCUGUCCGGCACGAUCCUUCCGAAAAGAUGUGGCAGUGUUUCAGAAAUUAUUUUUACACAACUCUCUUGUCAUCCAAUAAUUGAAUAUGAUACUUUUGAAUACGGUAUUCAGACAUGACACUUGUAUCAAAUGCAUUUAAAAUAUCAAGAAGAAUAGUUGUGCUUUUAUGGAACAUAAACAUUUCACUUUCUCAGUGGUCUAUUCCGGAUUUAUAAAAUAUGUAGUGCUAGACAUUGGAAUAUAGGCGUUGCUCUACGGUCUUCCAUGUGGGGUCAAACGUGCAAAUACUCCAUCAUUUGUCAGAUUUAAAUUCAUAUUCCUAACCUCAAACUGUCUAUCUGCUAGGAUUGUGACUACAUUUUUAAUGGUGAAAAUAAUAUACUACUGGAUUUCACCAUUAUUACAAAAUAAACUCAAGAGGCGCCUAAAUAUACAUCAGGAUGUAUUGAAGUAUCAUGGCAAAUAGUGGCUAAAAAAGUUAAAGCGUCUGCCGAAAAUACAGGAAUUCUACCAAUUCCGUUUGAUUCAUGUAAUAUACAGGGUGUUUCAGUUUAUUGUUGCAUAACUUUAAGAUUCGAU